CAACUCAUCUGCCCGCAGAUCCUAAAAAUGGCGUCGAUCACAUUUUUUUAGCGCAGUCUGUCUCGAAGUGUUCUCAUUGUCGGACCUAUUUCAACCCUCCACCAUUUCGUGGGGUCCCCAAUUUUACCCAUGGCUGAAUCACCGAGGAAGAAGGCCCGCACGGAGCCCCAAAAAAGCGACGUGACCGUAGUCCUAGGGGCACAAUGGGGCGACGAAGGAAAGGGAAAAGUGGUCGAUCUUUUGGCCAGUUCCGUGGACGUAGUGUGCCGGUGUCAAGGUGGCAACAAUGCUGGACACACAGUGGUGGUUGACGGUGUUGAAUUCGAUUUCCAUCUGUUACCAAGCGGGAUUAUUCAACAAAACGCCAAAUCUGUCAUUGGGAACGGUGUAGUCAUCCACUUGCCCCAAUUUUUCGACGAGAUCGAAAAAAACGAGAAAAAAGGUCUGAGGAACUGGGAAGACAGACUCAUUAUUUCUGACAGGGCGCAUCUGGUUUUUGACUUCCAUCAAGCUGUGGACGGGCUUCAGGAACAGGAAAAUCAUCAGAAAGGCCAGGGAUUGGGCACAACCAAGAAAGGAAUCGGGCCAACUUAUUCCUCCAAAGCUACCAGGAACGGUAUCAGAGUCGGCGAUCUUUUGGGAGACUUCGAGAAAUUUCGGGAAAAGUUUACAGCACUCGUUGGCAUGUACUCCCGCAUGUUUCCUAGCCUUCAUGUUGAUAUUGAUGACGAAUUAGCCAGGUAUGAAAAAUACGCCUCAAAAAUAAAACCCCUAGUCUACGACACUGUAUCUUUCCUGGACAAGGCCAUAAGAGAGGGCAGCAAGGUAUUGGUGGAGGGGGCAAACGCCGCCAUGUUGGAUAUAGAUUUUGGUACGUAUCCUUACGUCACAUCUUCCAACUGCACGGUAGGCGGAGUUUGUACAGGGUUGGGUAUUUCCCCCAUGAAGAUUACGGAAGUCAUUGGCGUAGUGAAGGCCUACACGACCAGGGUCGGCGAUGGACCCUUCCCAACGGAGCUAAAAGACAAUAUUGGCGACCUAAUGCAAGAACGAGGAGCAGAAAUCGGAGUGACCACAAAGAGAAAAAGACGCUGCGGUUGGUUAGACGUCUUUUUAUUACAGUACACCAACAAAAUCAACGGCUAUACCGCUCUCUGUGUCACAAAGUUAGACAUUCUCGAUACCCUCAAAGAAGUAAAAUUGGCUGUAGGGUACAGAUUGAAUGGUAAGAAGAUUAAUUACAUGCCUUCCACAGCUUCUGACCUAUCUAAAGUAGAGUGUGAAUAUUUGACAAUGCCUGGUUGGCUGUCAAGUACGGAGGAUGCCAGGGAUUUUGCUGACCUUCCCGAUAAUGCCAAAAAUUACAUUAAUAAAAUCGAAGAAUGCGUUGGGGUUCCGAUUAAAUGGAUUGGAGUUGGGAAAGGCAGGGAGUCAAUAAUAAAAAUUAACUAAAACAAGCAACAGAGAAAGAAAAAUAACAAAGAGCCUUAAAGUAUUGUAAAAAAACUUUUUUACUGGGUAGGUACUUAAAAAAAUUAUAGACCUUUCCACUGUUACCUAAAAAGUAAUAUUAACU